AUGGUGCACCCCGACGACGGCCGCCGAUCGGAGAUCGUCAUGGACGCCGCCGGCCGGAGUUGCGAGGUGGACGAGGACUACAUCAGCGGCCUCCCCGACGACCUCCUGCACAACAUCCUCCUCCGCCUCCGCUCCACCGCCGCCGCCGCCCGCACCAGCGUCCUGUCCCGACGCUGGCUCCGCGUCUGGGCCCAUCUACCCGACCUCGAACACGGAAACUUCCGUGCGCCGGCGGCGGCGGUGGACUCGGUCCUCGACUCCAUCGACGCCGCCAUGGCCGCCAGCCAAGCCCUGGCCAUCGACAGCCUCUGCAUCACCGUGGAAAAGGAGAACCGAACCCGACAACUCCCCCUCGCCGCCAUCCCCGCCCACCGCGUGAUCGCGUGGCUACGCUUCGCCUCGCGGCGGCGCGUGCGCCGGCUCAACCUCUCGUUCCGCCUCCGGCUGAUGAUGAUCCCGCCGCCGGUGGCCGGCGGCAGCGGCGCGUUCACGAAGCUCACCGCCCUGACCAUAAUCACCGCCGCCGUGGAAAGCCGCGAUCUGGAAGCCCUCGUGUCCUCGCAUUGCCCUCGCCUCGAGAGACUCUCCAUCAUCGGCGUAAAGCUGCUCGGCGGCGGCGGCGCCGCCUCCAGCUUCUCCAUACGCUCCGACUCGCUCACCUCGCUGUACAUCCACCUCCGGGACUCCAGCCUGGAGGAGGUCGUGGCCCCGAGGUUGGAGAAGCUGCACGCGUCAGGCGACACCGGGUUCCACGUCGCUGCCCCCAUGCUGGCCGAGGUCUCUUGGCAAGACGUCCAUCGUGCCUACCUCAGCAAUGGCGUCCGCCGCCGCCCGCUCAAGAUCGCCGGCGCCGCGCGUAGUCUGCGGCGGCUAUGCAUCACGUCACCCUGUUCGGUCGGGUAUCUGCUGCAGAGAUUCGACGCCGUCGACUGGCUGGAUCUGACACUCGCGGUUCCUCAGGGAGUGGAGGCAUACAGGACAUUCAUGGAUGAUAUGGACAACCUUCCCAAGUGUGAGACAUUGGUGGUAGCUCUAAUAGCGCAGUUCCAUGGCUUUGUGCCAAGCAUGCUACAUCUCCUGAGAAGAUGCAGCCAUGUAAAGAAACUUGUGGUAAUGAUUAUUGAACACAGAGACCCACCUCCAUUAUCACCAUCCAGUUUCUGCUCGACAGCAUGCCCCUGUCGCUCGCCAGAUAUCUACAAGACCGACGGCAUUGCUCUCGACUGCCUUGAAGAAGUAGAGAUCCGUCCCAUAGGAUCAGCUCCUGUGGGAGUAGUUGCAGAAUUUGUGGAUCAGAUAUUCAGACUGGAUGCAGCCAUGCUCAAGAAGGUGGUCUAUCAGCAGUCACCAUUUAGACCAGACCAGGAGGGCUACGAGAAGGUCCGCAGCAUGUAUCUUUCAAAUCCCAGAAUCGAGUUCAGGCAAUUGGCCUCUACUACACAAAGCAAGGAUGUGACAGUCUUGUGUUCAGUAAAUCAGUCGUAG